GUGUGUGGAAACCCCUCCGACCACCCAUCAAAUGAAUGUGUGAAAAAAUUAUGUUUUGAAUCAUGGAGGAAGGCUUUACAGUCACCAAAAUGCUUCAGUAAUGUUUCCAGUGUCCAGGCCCGGCGUCAUGGGCGGGCAUUGGCGGGCAGUGCCCGCCCACAGAGUCGGCCGUGCCCGCCCUGGGCUGGAAGCUGUUUAUUUUUGGGUUUUGUUUUUUUUUUUUUUACAUCGGCGUGGCCAACUUUCUAUUAUUCCUAUCUCGGUUUGUCGAUCAUACAAUUCAAUCAAUCCAACCAACCAAUGAAGGCAACGGGCUGGCCAUUUACAGGUGGUGGGGGCGGGUCAUGAGUGGAUACGCGCGUGACGUUCAUGGUUCAUGGGUCGCAGUCGCUUCGCUCUAACUGUGGUGUCUCAUGGAUAUCCGUAGUUUUUUCAAAAAAAAUACGCGGGCAAUAAAUAAUGUCGGGAGCGAGCAGGAUGCAGCGGCAGCGCCAUUCACUUCUACUGGAAACAGAAGCACUGAAGUCAACAACAGUAACACUGGAGUAAACAUUCAUGCUAGGAGAGGUAGCUACAGCAGCUAGGGAGCACAAGGAGCAGCACCGAGCAGUGUAACUCACCUGCACGGAAGAAACGUGAGUGACGACGUCGACAACAACAACAACAACAACACAGAGGUUCACAGUAACGCGAGGAGCAACAGGCCAUUGCAGCCUACUGACCUUGGCACAGAAGAGCCCCAAAGACCACUCAUGCAGAGCUUUCCUUCACGCCAUUUCUCAGGGAAAAAAAGGUCAUUUUGCAGUUCCUGGUUUGGAAGCUUUCCCUGGCUGGAGUACUCAGUUCAAGCAGAUGCUGCAUUCUGCUACCGAUGCAGAAUGUUUCAGGGACCCAGACAUGAUCAAACCUUCAGUGUAAUUGGCUUCCACGACUGGAAGCAUGCAAUGGAAAACGGAAAAGGACUAAACAAGCAUGCUGCAUCCAAAGAGCACCUGACUUGUGAGGCCAUGUGGAGGGACAAGCAAAGACGCAUUCACACAAGUAAGGAAAUCUCAACACUAAUUAACAUUGAUCAACUGCAGCGCAACAGAUAUUAUCUGUCUGCAAUUAUUGAUGUUGUGGAGUUCCUUGCUGUGAACCAACUGCCCUUUAGAGGUGACCAUGACAGAUACAGUGCUAUGAAUGAAAAUGGAUGUGGGCUAUUUUUGUCUCUAUUUGAGUUUGCACUAAGGAAAGAUGCUGAAUUAGCAAGGAUAGCAAAAACUAUUCCUGGCAAUGCAACAUACACAAGUCACGACAUUCAAAAUAACUUAAUAGAUGUGAUGAGUGCUUUAGUAAGAGAGCACAUUGUAAAAGAAGUUGGCGAAUCAUUCUACACGUUGAAAGUAGACGGAACCAGAGACCCAACAGGGACAGAGAAUAUAUCCAUAGUUCUCCGCUUUUUGAACAAACUGUGCGAACCAACAGAGCGCCUCCUAACAAUAGCCACUGCUGACCAGGGAGAUGCAGUUACAUUGACUGACACCAUCCUAGGAGAAUUGACCACAGCUGGCCUGAGCCCUGAGAAAAUCAUCAGUCAGGUGUAUGAUGGGGCCUCGCUCAUGUCGGGCAAACAUGGGGGGGUACAGAAAUUGCUGCAGCAAAAACUGGACAGAGAGAUACCAUAUGUCCACUGCUAUAAUCAUCAGCUGCAUUUGGUGGUCAUCCAUGCCCUGGCAGUUGAAAAGGCCGUGACGGACUUCUUCAGUGUGUGUAACAUGCUGUACAAGUUCUGCAGAAAACCAACUGUUGCCAUUCUCUACAAAGGAGAGACACUCAAGCGUCUAUUGGACCAACGCUGGACUGGACAUUUUGCUACAGGUAUGUUCAUUUGGACUGAUUAAUCUGAUAAUGAUGAUGCUGUAUUGUGUGAAUGACUCCCCACCUGAAGAUAUUAAGAUAUAUUUUCUCUAUUCUACAGUCUCAGUCAUUCUGAAAUCAUUUGAUGACCUAUCCACACUGCUCAGAGAGAUUACCUGCAACCGGGCAUUUGGAGUAGAUCUGCGCAUUGAAGCAACAGGAUUGUUGCAGAGCAUGUCUGAACCCAGCUUUAAGUUCAUUGCUGAGAUGGUGCAUAAGAUCCUUGCAUAUCUUGAUCCCCCAAACAAGAUGUUGCAGUCCGAAGACAUGGAUCUGCUUACAGGCUUGCAGCUUGUCUGCAGUGCAUGCACCUGUCUUGAGAAUAUCCGCACUGAGACUGAAUUCCAGGCAAUCCUAGCGCAUUGUGACAGCGUCACAAAAAGGCCAUCAAAAAGAAAGCGGUCUCAAAACACUGCCUUUGCUGACUAUGUUGUUGAAGACAUCAGCACACAUGUAGAUACAAAUGAAGAAACAGAGCUACGCAGGAUUUUUUACAGCUGCAUUGACUCUGUGUGUGGGGAAAUGAAGGAUCGCUUUGGGAAAAAUAACUGUCAACUGAUGGAGGCACUCAAGGCCCUGGAUCCUGUCUA